CAAUCUGUAAAAUCUGUGAAUUAUCCUUUGAAACAGAGCAAGUUCUUUUGCAACAUAUGAAGGACAAUCAUAAGCCAGGUGAAAUGCCGUAUGUUUGCCAGGUAUGCAACUACAGAUCCUCAGCUUUUUCAGAUGUAGAAACACAUUUUAGGUCAGUUCAUGAAAAUACAAAACACUUGCUAUGCCCAUUUUGCCUCAAAGUAAUUAAAAUUGGAGCACCGUAUAUGCAUCAUUACAUGAGACAUCAGAAAAAAGGAAUAUACCGUUGCACUAAGUGCAGGCUGCAGUUUUUGACAUGCAAAGAAAAAAUGGAUCAUAAGACUCAGCAUCACCGAACAUUUAGGAAACCCAAGCAGUUAGAAGGAUUGCCUCCUGGAACAAAGGUGACUAUUCGAGCGUCUAUUGGAUCUCUUCAAUCAGGAUCAGCUACAUCUUCUGUUAGUACAAGUACUUCCACAUUUCAGUUAUCACCUAAAGCUAAAAAUACAACCACUAAAAAUCAUAGCAGAUCUCAUACAACUAAGUCAAAAGCAAAAUCAAAACCAACUACAUCGAAGAAGCAAAAUGCAUGGACCAACAGCAAAAAAAAAAAAGAAGUUACAAAUACAGCAUUGCAUAAUCUAAGGUAUCGUUUGGGAGCUCACAAAUGCAUUGAGUGUUACUCAGAAAUAAAAGAUUUUGCAAGCCAUUUUCCUGCUUAUGUCCACUGUAGCUUAUGCAGAUACAACACUAGCUGUAGCAAAGCCUAUGUGAAUCACAUGAUGAGUUUUCACAGUGCUCGUCCAAGUAGAAGAUUUUGGAUCUAUAAGAAGCAUUCAGAAGAGCUACGGGGUGUGACUGUAGUAUGUCUUAACUGUGAUUUCCUGACUGAUGUUUCUGGCUUAGAUAGCAUGGCCACACAUCUGAGUGAAAGCGACACUCAUACUUGUCAAGUUAUUAUAGAGAAAGUUUCUGUAGAUAUCCCAGCUGCUGAACAAGUAUCUGACAAACAAGAGCAUGACUCUUCAGACAAAACUAAAGAAUGCAGUAGAAAUCAAACUAAAAAAGUUGAAAAGAAUGAAGAAAACUCAUCAUUGUCAAAUACAGAAGGUGUUCCUAGUUUGGAACUCCCUGACAACAGCUCAAAGAAUUCUUUGCCUGAGAAAGGAGCAUGUUGUGAUUCAGAUAAUAACAAACAAUUAGUAGAUGAGAAACAAAAAUCUAUUCAUGAUGAAAGUGAGUUGAAAACUUGCCAAAGUUCAGAUAAUACUAUCUUGAAUGACCAGACUAAAGUACAUAGCUUGGAUGCAACUACACUUUCAGCAAUGAGCGCAAGGGACUUAAAGCUAACAUUGGGUGAAGAUGUUAGUUUUGAGCAGUUCUUGAGAAAAAGAGAUGAACCUGAAUCCGUUAGUUCAGACAUUAGUGAACAAGGCAGUAUUCAUUUGGAGCCUUUGACUCCAUCAGAGGUACUAGAGCAUGAAGCCACUGAAAUUCUUCAAAAAGGUAAUGUUGCACCUUCGUCAAAGAAAGCUGGACAACUCUCUGAACAAACAGAUGAGACUUCUAAAGAAAGCAGUCCCAUCAGAAUGGAAACAACAGUAGACAAGACAGAUGAAAAUGAAGCAAGCUGAAAUUAUGUUAAUUUUUUUGUUUGUUAUAAACAAUGGUGAGAACACCAUGGACCAUUCCUGAUGAGUGUGCUCAUUG